GGCUGAUUCAUGAGACUACCAAUAUCCCCAGCUAACCAACUAGCUAUAAACAGAAAUGGGUGCUCAUAUCUUGCAGAGUCUGUACUUGCUGUGGACAAUACUUAGUCAUAUUGACGGUCAACCACAGUCUGAUAGCCCCUGUGGGAAGGAGCUAGUGGACAUUGCUGUGUUCCCUGAUGAUCCACGCUACAGUGAUGCCACUCACAUUUCGAACUCUGCAUACUCUAACAUCUUACCAGCAUUCGUUGCUCUCCCCAGAACAGUCUCAGAUGUCCAGCGAUGUUUGGCUUGUGCAUACCAGUACAAUGUUCCCUUCACUAUGAAAUCUGGUGGACACAGUGCAGACGGAAUGUCUACAAUCAAUGGUAGCAAUGGCAGUGCUUUUGUGGUCUAUCUUACGGAGAUGAGAGCUGUUGACACGGUUGAGGGGACGAUAAUUGUACAAGCCGGUGCAACGUGGGAAGACAUUUAUAGUGAAGUCAAGAAAACAAACUACUUAAUAGCUGGAGGAGAUGGUCCAACAGUUGGUGUGGCUGGCUACACCCUCGGAGGGGGGAGGAGUAUUAUCAGCCGGACGUACGGCCUUGGAAUAGACAAUGUACUGUCAUUCACUAUGGUUACCGUUACGGGGAGUGAUGUUGUUAUUGCUAAUUUCACCACAAACACAGACCUUUACUGGGCACUAAGAGGUGGUGGUGGAGGGAAUUUUGGAAUCGUGGUUAAUAUUACCUUCAAGUUACAGCCAUCAUUUUCCUCCUAUACGUUUGGCUACAUGGGAUUUGAAGGAGCUGAAACUGUCAAGCAAGUACUGUCGAUGCUUGAAGCCGACGGUUUUGACGCACAUUUUUCUAUGGAGCUACUCCUACAAUCUGGAAAUAGACUGAAUUUGACUUACACGACUUUAGGGCCUGUAGCUCCACUUACUAAGGCAACAUUGGCAAAGCUUGAGAAGAAAGCAUCAAACGUCUGGAGCAGAGUGUACUUAACGUUCUGGGAAGCAUUUGAUGCAAGAUUCCCGGUCCACUUGCGACUAGGGAAAGGUGUUCCUUAUGUUACAAGAGCGUGCCUUUUGAAGACAAUUUCUCCUACAGUUGCUGAGCUACUAACGAAGGUGGUUACUCCUGAUCAGUGUUUUAACAGCUUCAACCAGCUAGGGGGUAAGACAGCAGAAUAUGCAGCUAACACCACUGCCUACCCCUUCCGAAGCUCUGGGUUUGAAAUCUAUUCAAUAUGCAACUAUCAAGACAGUUCUGAGAAGGACCUCAAUAACAAGUACCUGCACAGCCUGUAUUCAGCAUUGGAUACAGCAUGUGAUGGUAACUAUGUAAACGAUCCUGAGAUUGACCUCCACAACUGGCAGACCAAGUACUACGGGGACAACUACCAACGACUGGUGGACAUUCAGAAAAAAUGGAAUCCAUUAGACAAGGGAACAUAUCACUACCUUCAGAGCAUUGGUUCUAGUUACAAUCCUCCUGACAUUUAUGUACAUGUAUAGCUAUAAAUUAUUUAUUAUAUAUUUUUGUUGUGAGAAUGUUGUUGAUUGUUACUCAGGCCCUCCCCCUUCAUCCAGGUAGCAACCAACGCCCACUGAACUUCAGCACACCCCUCUAAAAAGUAACAACAUGGCCACUUUCUUGGUAGCGCUUGGAGCAGUAACGCUUAUCUCUACUGCUUAUGGUAUAGGUCCAUGUGUAGAGGAGCUUGCAGACAUAUCUGUGUUUCCAGGGGAGUCGUUGUAUGACAACAGUACUGUUGUGAAUAAUCCAGCCUUUGCCGAUGUACUACCAGCUUUUGUGGCUUUGCCCACAACUGUUGAAGAUGUACAACGAUGCUUGGCCUGCGCCUAUCAGAAAUCUGUUCCAUUCACAGUGAAGGGUGGUGGGCACAGUGCCAUUGGAAUGUCUACGAUUGAAGGACGUGAAAAUGGUGCUUUUGUAAUCUAUCUCUCACAAAUGAAAUCUGUCGAAAUUGCUAACAAGUUUCUGGUGAAAGUUCAAGCUGGUGCAAGGUGGGAGGAUGUUUAUGACAUUGUUAGAGAAACAGACUAUCUAGUUGUUGGAGGGAUCUGUCCGUCAGUGGGUGUGGCUGGUUACACCUUAGGAGGAGGUUUUAGUUUUAUCAGUCGCAAAUACGGACUAGCUAUUGACACUGUCCACUCGAUGACUAUGAUCACUGUAGACGGAUCUCAAGUGGUGUCUGUAACAAAAACCACGAAUGCUGAUCUGUUCUGGGCGCUGCGGGGUGGAGGUGGUGGUAACUUUGGUGUUGUUGUCGAUUUCACAUUUAAGCUGGAGCCAUCUUUUCCUUCGUAUGAGUAUGGGGACAUGAUUAUUAAGGACGAUAAUGUUGAGAAAGCUCUUUCUGCCAUUGGAUCAAUGGAUUUGGAUCAAGAAGUGUAUCUGGACUUUUCCAUUGCGCCUGGAAAUGAAUUGCAUUUGGCCUACGUUAAUCUGGGACACAUUAGUCGUGCCACAGGAUUAAAGAUAUCAAUACUCAAAGAACUUGCAUGGAAACACAACGACAGGAAGUUCAAUACUUACUGGGAGCUUUGGAAACAUCAUACAACUAAUGUCGAGUAUUCCAGAGUUGAAAACAUUCCGAUCACAGUAAGAGCAACGUUUUUGAAAACCAUAUCUCCUUCGAUGGCGAGAAUUUUGGUUGAACUAUCGGUUCCUGCGAAUUGCUUUCAUUCGUUUAUACACCUUGGUGGUACUAUUGCUGACUAUGAACACAAGUACACUGCAUUCUUUCAUCGCACUGCAAACUUUGAGAUCUACUCAACUUGUAGCUACUCAAACGACUCAGAGAGACAAGAGAGUGAGCGAUACUUACUCGAUAUUUACUCCAUCAUGGAGAGAAGUGGUGAAACAGGAGGAAACUACGUGAACGACCCAUUUUUGGAUCUCAAGAACUGGCAGACUAUGUACUACGGUUACAACUAUGACAGAUUAUUGGAGAUACAAAAGAAGUGGAACCCACUGGACAAAGGAACGUACCACUACCCACUAAGCAUCGGCUCUGAUUACAAGCCACCGAUGAGGAGAAAGCAUGAACACUCUGAACUAUAACUAUAAUUAUUGGGUCAGUUAUGACUUCUAUUUAGUUAUGCAACUGAAUUGUUGCAUGAUGUGGGUGUAUAGAAAA